AUGGCGAAAUCCGGCGCGAAGAAGCGGUUGGAGGAGAACCGCGCGAAGUUGAAGUUUCUGAGCGAUGUCCUGAACGGCGCGAUGGCGCUGCACGUCGUCGUGCGCGUCGUGUUUCGCUGGAAAAGCGUGCGAUUGUUUCACCUGUGCGUGUUCGCCGUCACCGCGCUCGCGUGUCGAGCGUCGCUGGGCUCGCUGCGCGCGUACGCGAAGCCGACGUUCGGGGAGAACGGCGAAGUGCUCGAUGGAGGGGAGUCGCUGAGCGGGGGGUUGACGGAGUAUUAUCAGGAUUUGAUCUACGUCGGCGCGUUCGCGAUGGCGACGUCGACGUAUUCGGAUCGGUUUUGGUUGGUGACGCUGAUCGUGCCUUUGGUCGCGGGGUACAUGAUAGUGACGAAAUUCGUGCUGCCAUACGUGUUCGCGCCUCGGGCGGAGGAGAACGAGGAGCGGGAGGAGACGAAGGAGGAGAAGCGUCGACGCGAGCGGAGCGAACGGCGGAAGGCGAAGCGGUUCAGAUGA